AUGAGUAUCUUUGUUCUUCCUCAAAGUAUUAUUAAGGAGAUUGAAAAGUUGUGUCGUGGUUUUCUUUGGGGAGUUAAUGGUAAUAGGAGCAAGAUCCAUGUGGCUUCUUGGUCGAAGGUCUGUCUGCCUAAAGCUUAUGGUGGCCUUGGGUUCAGAAAUGGUUCAAUUUGGAACCGAGCCAUCUUAGCCAAGUAUAUCUGGGCUAUUUCUGAGAAGCAUGAUGUGCUUUGGGCUGACUAUCAUCGAGCUGUUUGGUGUAGGUUAUCUAUUCCUAAGCACAGAUUUCUGCUGUGGCAAGCUGUUAACUCUCAGCUACUUACCUGUGAUAAUAUGCUCAGGUUUUGUUUGGCUCUUGAUUCUAUUAUGUGUCCUGUUUGUGGUAGCUCUGCUGAGAGUCAUUCCCAUUUGUUUUUCAAUUGCUAUCUUUCCAAGCAGAUUUUAGAAAUUAUCUUUGACUGGAUGGGUUUUCAAGCAUGGCCUUCUGAGUUUACUGGUUGGAUGGUUUGGCUUUCUAGCAGGAAACCAUGA